AUGUCUGUCAUCUACAAGGAACGCGAGCGCGAGCGCGAGUGGGACACGGCCUCGCGCGGCGGUGCGCAGAGCUACACCACCGUGAGGCGCUACAAGGUGCCCGACCAUAGCCUGGAGGCCGACACGUACGAGGCCGAAAUGCGCAUGGUCCACCGUGGAGGCCGCAGCGACUUCGACGACCGCCGUUCGACGACGACCAAGGACUACGUUGUGGAACGCGAGGUCGACCGCGAUGUCAGGGAGUACCGCUACCAAGACCGCUCUCCGUCACCGCGGGGUCGGGACGUCCGCGACUACCACAUCCAGCGCUCAGUCGUCCACGAACGAUCCCCCUCGCCAGCCCGCACUGUGCGCGAGGUCCGCAUAGAACGCGACUACGAGCGAGACAUCCCGCAGCAUCGCGACGACCAGUACUCGCUCGAAAAGUACUCGAGAGACAUCGAAUACUACCGCGAGCCCCCGCCGCCCCCGCCGCCCCAACAACAGCAACAGCCACAGUCCAUCUACAUCCGCAAUGAAGCCCCGCCGCAGCAAAUGCAGAUGGCGCCCAUCAUUAUUCGUGAGGAGGCCCCACAGCCGAUCAUCAUCCGGGAGCGCGAGCCAGCCUAUGAACUCAUCGAGCGCUCCGAGGUGCAGCAAGAGCGCCAGGUUGCCCGACCACGCCACGAAGAGGACUACUACUACGAACGCAGAGUGAAGGAAGUAGACCGCGGCGGCAGACACGAGGAACGCUACAUGGACGAGCGCGAAUACGGCCGAGAUCGCUACGGAGAUAGAAACUACUACAGCGACGACGACGUCGUCUAUGUGCACAAGGAGAAGGACACCUGGGGCAGCGAGACCAAAACUAAGCGCGAUGUUGCAGCCGGCGCCCUUGCUGGCAUAGCAGCUGGCCAGAUUGUUAGACACCACCGAAAGAGAAAAGGUGAAGCCGCUGGAGGCUCCAUAGGCAAUGCCCUCGGAUACGGUACCCUGGGUGCAGUCAGCGCGGUUGCUCUCGACAAGUACAACAACAGAACCCGAUCACGCUCUGUUUCAUCCGACCGCGGGCGACGAAGGCACCACAGCCAGGGCCGAGCACGUAGCAAGUCAAGAGUCAGGGAGAUUGGUGCACUGGCAGCCAUUGCUGGUGUCGGUGCUCUGGCCUACGCUGCUGGCCGCAAGAACAAGGACAAGGGCGUUACCACUGUUGUCGAAGAGCACCGCCACAGGUCGCGCUCUAGGAAGUCGCGGUCCAAGCGCGGCCACUCUAGGAGAGGAAGAUCAAGGUCUGUCACUGUCAUUGAAACUGAUGGUGGUCCGUCCCGUUCUCGUUCUCGCAGCACGAGCAAGCACAUGGAUCCCAAGCACCGUAACAACCGGGUCGCCCAAGUUGGCCUUGCCAGUGCCGCAGUCGCUGGACUUGCCGCGCGCAAGCGAAGCAAGUCCCGCCAGCGUGAAGGCAAACGAAGCCGUAGUCGAGUCCGCGAGGGUGUACCGAUUGCUGCUGCCGGCGUUACUGGCGCAGCCAUCACUGGACUCCAGGGCGAUAUCACGGUCGAAGUCAAGGUCAAGAUCAAGGUGUUGCGGGUCUGGCUGCUCACGAGGCAGCCAAACGGCGAGAUCGCAAGAAGGCUGAGAAGGAACGCGAUAAACGACGUGAGUCUCCCAACCGCCAACAUCGAAACUAGUUGUACUGAGUCCUCACCAGGCGACGAAGACUCAGCCUACUCUACUGGUAGCUACAGUCCAUACGACAGCCCCCGUCCUUCCACCACUUCCACAUCACACCCCAAUGAUUCCCGCUUCUUCCCAGAGUCAAACUACUUUCCUCCACCCCCAACAGCACCCAUAGACCACCAGGCUCCAUAUCCUCCAUACAACCCAGCCGACUACCCUCCUCCGCCAUCCACCACUUUCGAGCCCAGCCACCCAUCCACAUACGUCCACCCACCGCACGACGACAUCAACCACGGGAACCCCUACGCCCCGCCCCAGCACCAGUCCAACUACUACUAUGGUCAGCCCCGUCGUCCCGAUGACAAUGUGAGUGCUUUCGCCCCUGUCGCAGCCAAGACCGAGCACUCGUUCGCCUCUGCACGUGUCCGCAGCGAAAAGACGGUGCAGUUCGAUCUCACGCCAAAGGGCCCGUCGCGCGAGGUCUCGCCUGUGAGGUCUGAGGGCGAGCACAAGCAUCGGCGGAGAAGGAACGAUGACGAUCGGUCGGAGGAUAGUGCGAGGGAGUCUGGGCGGCAUCGUAAGCGGAGACAUCGUGAUCGCGACGAGAGUCCUGCGUCGGAUGCGUCGGACCAAACGAUUGAUUUGCCGCCAAGGUUUGACGACUUGGGGCGCAAGAGGCCUGAGGAUCCGUUGGCGGAGAAGCUGGAGAGUGUGCUGCAGAGCAUUUUUCGAUAG